UGAUAAACAAAAAGUUGUGCACUGUGAAAUCCCUUUAAUAUUACGAAAUCAAUUUUCAAUCCUUUUAUAAUCAUAAAUCAUUAUUAUUUUUCGAAAACUGAAAUUUCUAUGUGUACUACACAGUAACAUCAGCCUAUCAUGCGUUCGCUGAAAUCAGCUCUAAUACUGUUUCAUCGUAUCGGGAUAUCCCUUCUUAAAAGAAAUGUUUCAAGCCUAAACAGCUCUCAUUCGAAACAUUGGAAGCUAAUAGAAAGUUACACAGUUAUAUCUCAGAAACACUUGACUCCAGAAAUCAAACUGAAAUUAAUCACUCAAGAAUGUCAAGCGUGGAAUCAACCAGUGGAACAGAAUUCACCACAUCCCUUAGGUGAACCAUUUUGGGCUUUCUACUGGCCUGGAGGUCAAGCACUUUCAAGAUACAUUUUAGAUAACCACUUGAUUGCAAAAGGAAAACGAGUACUGGAUUUUGGGUGUGGAAGUGGAGCACUUUCUAUUGCUGCUUUAAAAUCUGGAGCCAAAUUUUCAGUUGCAAAUGAUAUAGAUACCAUGGCUAUCGCGGCUUCGCAGUUGAAUGCACAAAUAAACGCGGUGGAGCUGAACGUUUGCGAAGAUAAUCUAAUUGGCAGUGAUUGUGCGGAUUUCGAUUUAAUUCUCGUAGGCGAUAUGCUGUACGAUUCAGCCCUCUCGGAUGUUAUAGCAGCUUGGUUAAUGAAGCUUCGGCUAGCCGGAAAGGUGAUCCUCGUCGGCGAUCCAGGUCGAGGACCUGUUGGUAAUUCAACACUUUUUGCCAACUCCUUAUGUCAUAUAGCUAAAUAUGAACUUGAUUCAUUCACUAAAAAAGACAACUACGGCUUUCUUCAAUCGCAUGUAUUUACUCUUCUUUAAUUGACGAAUCUAAGCGUGCACGACAGUGUAGUAAGUUGAGAAAAGUUCUGUAUCAAUUCCUAUGUCCUUGACAGCAACAAGAGCUACUACGCGUAGGAAUUUCGUUUGAUUUCCCUCUGAAGAGCUGUAAUAAAUAUUUGGGAGGUAACAUCUCAAUUCAAUA